UCACAAUUGUUCUCGCAGGAAUCGGUGUGACUUUCUUUCCAGUGGUCCCUCAGGCUAUCAUGUUGUCGUCGUUGAUCGUUCUUGCAUUCUUGCCUUUGCUAUUCGCACUGCUCGCACGUCCGUCAUGGCGCAAGAACAAUGAUGACGUUUUGAAGCUACUGAGAACUGAUUUGGACGAUGGCGUGGACACGCCGCCCCCGCGCGUCCUUCUCCUUACGGCACACCCGGAUGACGAGUGCAUGUUUUUCGCGCCCACCGUGCAGGCUCUCGUCGAACACGGGAACAAGCUUCCUCCCACUGACACUGACAGACUCGAAGUUUACUCCUUAUGCUUGUCCAUCGGCAAUGCAGAUGGCCUAGGAAGUGUUCGGCGGCAUGAACUUGACCGCAGCCUCGAUAUUCUUGGUAUCCAAGAGGGACACCGCUGGGUGGAAGAUAAAUCUGCACUGCAAGACAAUUUCACUGCUCAGUGGGAUCAUCAAGUCAUCGCAGAUGUCAUCAUGCCCUAUGUCAUCAAUAAUAACAUCACUACCAUCCUCACAUUCGACGACUACGGUAUUUCAGGACACCCCAACCAUUACUCCCUCCCUCGGGGCGUAGUACAUCUAAUAUCCUCACUGUCUGUCACCUCUUCUCCCACCAACGGCUCCGCACUCCCAUCCAUACCACGGCUGUUCGCCCUCGUGUCCAUGCCCCUGCUCAGCAAAUACACAGGCCCACUCUCCCUGCUGCUCGUCCCUCUGCAGCGCGCGCUGAAUGGAAUGUUAUUAUCCAACUCCGAGCAUAACACAGUCACGACGGGGCAGCACGAUGCUGGCCCCUCGAGGGUGGUGUUCAUCUCCGGCGCGGCAGAGUAUGCGACGGCACUCCGUGCGAUGCGCCAGCAUCGCUCGCAACUAGUGUGGUUCAGGUGGCUGUACGUCACGUUCUCGAGAUACAUGUGGGUAAAUGACUGGGUUGAGGCCGUGCCGCGUGGAUAGAAGAAUCAAUUUGGUGUUCUCUAUCGAGCUAAGGACUGUAUGAGCGUGCUAUAUGGGGUUUUUGUCGAGACUGUGACCGGAAUCAUCAUCGGAACUGUGGCUACAUCCGCUCAAUCAUUUGUAUACUAGCUGCGCACUGCUAGUGGGGCUAAAUACUGAGUGCUGCAGUAUUGAGAUGAGCCUUUUCUUCGAGACUAUAUGGACACUGGCUGGAUACAUAGUACAAUUUUUCACUGGAUGUCAUGCAUCGCAAAUGCCGAUUGCUGCUCACCGCAAACUUGAAAGCA